AUGGAGCAACUGGAUAUGGAACAACUUAAAAAACUUCGUACUUCUUCCCGGCAGGCGUUUACGAAAGCGUACAACGCAUUAGAGGUUCUUUUAGCUGGAGAUAGUACUAAGGUAGUUGAAGUGAAAAUAUCUUGGCAAUUAUUACAGGAGAGAUAUGAGACGUUAGUAAAGACAACUGAGGGAUUACACUGCCGAAUGUCAGCUGAUGAAGAAAUUUCGCAGGAGAAUUUAACCGUAGAUAUGGAUGAAGCAGAAAAGUACACCCGUAAAUUUCUAACGGGUAAAUAUGCGGUAGAAGAGACAUUGCAACUUCUUGAGCCUUCACCCAGUUCUGCAUCAGUGCAAUCUACUCCUGGAGGAACGACAACAGGCGUAAUUAAUAUACCGGUUACAGCCAAGAAAAUGAAACUACCGGUUAUUAACUUGAUAAAGUUUGGUGGUUCUACUCGCGAGUGGUUACGGUUCUGGGGACAAUUUCAAAAAAUCGAUCUUGACGCACAAAUGUCUACCGAAGACAAAUUUGAAUAUUUAAUUGCGGCGAUGGUUCCCGGUUCGAGAGCUGCUGAGUUAAUUGCACGCUUUCCACCUACUGGUGAUAAUUACGCAAAAGCUGUAGACAGUUUAAAAAAUCGCUUUGGACGUGAAGAUUUGUUAGUGGAAGUGUAUAUUCGCGAACUGUUAACACUAGUUUUGCAGAAUGCCAAACGGGGCAUUAACCGCGAUGCGUUAGGUAGCUUGUAUGACAAACUUGAGUCACAUAUGCAGGCGUUAGCAACAUUGGGAGUUACUACAGAUAAAUGUGCUGCUAUGUUAUAUCCAUUGGUAGAAUCUGCGUUACCUGAGGAAUUGUUAAGAACGUGGCAACGUACAACGGAGUCGAGACAAGCAAAAGACUGCAAAGAGAAACUCGAAGCGUUAAUGCAGUUUAUCGGUACCGAAGUAGAAGCUGAGGAAAAAAUACGGCUGGCCACUGAUGGUUUUGGCUUGUUGAACAAAAGCGAGAGGUCCUCAGAGAAAAUGAAGGCGAGUGAAGCUGACAAAUCCAAGAAAGAACAAAAGAUUGUUCCAACGGCAAUGGGUCUUUUGACAACAAAAUCAAAAGAUGAGAUUUGUAUCUUUUGUAAUGGUGAUCAUUCUAGCGCUGACUGCGACAAAGCUCGGUCUAUGAAUUUGGAUGAACGUCAAAAGGUAGCUCGAGAUAAGAAUUGCUGUUUUAAUUGCUUGAAACAAGGCCAUAGUUUUCGACGGUGCAGGGUCCAGCUUAAGUGUCAAUGGUGUUCUAAACGUCACGUCAUGGUUAUGUGUAGAAGCCUGGCGAAUAAUAAAUCGACAGAUCAACCUCCGAAAGCUGAGAAGGAAAAAGCUACUACAAUAGAACAGAAUCUGGCUUAUUUUUUAAAUGUUCCUGAAGUUUGUUUAAUGACAUUGACAGUGACACUUCUUCAAGGUAAACGGGAACAGAUAGUGCGCGCCGUAAUUGACACUGGGUCCCAAAAUUCCUAUAUACGCGAAGCGGAUGCGGUUACUAUGGGUUAUCAUUCAGAACGAGAGGAAGAAAUUACACACACUCUUUUCGGUGGAGUUAAGACACGACCUCAAAAACAUCAUGUGUACCGACUACAUUUACGUAGUGUCGAUGGUAGUUACGCUUGUACUUUUGAAGCCAAAAGUCAAGAGAAUAUUUGUGAUAAAAUUCCCGCUGUUAAAUUUAUGUCGAACAUGCAGGUAUUGGAAAAACAAGGUAUUUUUCUAUCAGAUGUUGGCUCAUCCGUAGAACAGAUUAGUAUUUUAAUUGGAGCUGACAUAGCUGGUAAAUUGUUGACUGGACAGCGUGUGCAAUUAGACAAUGGGCUCGUAGCAUUAGAGACUUUAUUGGGAUGGACAUUAAUGGGAAAAUUACCUGUUACUACUUCCAAACGAAAUGAUAUAACUUUAAUUGUGAUUUCUCUGUUAAUUCAAGAUCGUGAUAUUGCUAACUUUUGGGAUCUUGAGACUAUUGGUAUAAAGGACUUGGCAAGUCAGAAAUCAAAGGAGACGCGAGAAAAGGAAGUUGUAGAGCGGUUUCUAGAGACAGUGACAGUAAAUGAAGAAGGCCGCUAUGAGAUAGAACUCCCUUGGACUGAAGAACAUUUACCGCUGUCGUCCAAUAGAAGACAUGCAGAGAGAAGAUUAUUUUCGCUUACAAAAAAGUUACAAUUGGAAAAUCGCUUGUUGGACUAUCACAACGUUUUGCAAGAAUGGUCCAAAGAAGGAAUAAUUGAGCUUGUUCCAAAAGAAUGUCUCAAUCAAGAAGGACACUAUCUGGCGCAUCGGCACAAACCGGACCGAAUUUGA